GGGCCGGGUGAGUCACGGGUCCGUGGGCCCAGAUCUGCAGGCAAUCAUCAAUGCGAUGCUAGCUUCCACAGACAGCAGUCACCAGCUGUUGCUGUUGGUAUGCAACGGGCAGUCAUCAGAGCAACGGAUAGAAGACAGAGCUUUGCAGGAAGAUUAGCGGCUAAGGCUACCCACUGUUAGCUCGGAACCAGCUGGAUUCGCAUUUUUCUUUCCAGUUUCUGCCGUGUCAGCCUCGUCCGCCCCUAUCUAUCCCCUAUAUAGCCGUGCAGGUCGUCUUCUUCCUCCUCUCCACUCCUCUCGUCUCCGUCUCCAUCUCCGUCUCCGUCUCCACACCGUGCCGUAGCUGCUGCUGUCCGUGUCCCUCGCCUCGAAGAAGACAACUCCAACACUGUUGCUGCGUGACUGCUGAAUUCGCUCCACACACGCGCGAACCCAGCAAGGCAAGAACACGAACGAGAGAGAGAGAGAGACAGGGAGGGAUCAUCCAUCCAUCAGACCAUCACCCAUGGACAACCUUAAGGAGUCAUCACACCGUGCGCUGGUGCGUGCGUGCGUGCAGCAGCGGGGCCACGAUGCCGCGGGCGCCAACAGCGGCGUCUGGAUGACGGUGCCGGCGUUCGGGGACUGGGACACGAAGAACGGCGCGCUGCCGGACUACUCCAUGGACUUCUCCAAGAUCCGCGAGACGCGCAAGCAGAACAAGAAGGAGCUCUCCCGCGCCAGCCUCGGCGGCGACGACGACCUCUUCGCCCACGCCCACGCCCACGCCCAGAAGCCGCAGGCCAACAGCGCCCAGCCCAAGCUCGGCCGCCCCUGCCCCGCCGCCGACCGCCGACCGCUCCACGCCCGCGACCACUCCCCAACGGGAGGGAAGAAGUUCCUGAGCUACUUCCAGUGCUGUAUCAAGGCCUGAAGAGGAGCUGCCGCAAUGCUAUGUCUGUGUGCCUGUGCUUUGUCGCAGCAGAACACUCGUGAGCAAUUAGGUCCCGGCUUUGUUAAGUAUCCAAAAAAUGUGCAAUGUAUUUGCCCUGAUGGUCACUCGUUUGACCUGUUAGCCUGUAUGAAGAACAAGUCAGGUUAUGGGGCCAGGCAGCCGUCUAUCUGUACAUGGCACCAUCGAUUUGUUUGCGACUGGUGGUAUAAUGUUGCCCUGUAAUCAUUGUAUUGGAUGGGAAUUUGCACCGCCUCCGUAUUUUUGAACGAUCACAAGGGGCAUGGUUCGUUUGGAUUGGUUUUGUGAUUA